AUGCCCCUGCCUCCGCCGCUCAGAACACCUCCCCAUCUGGAGUCAGAGGAGCCGCUCCUGCAGAGGGCGGGAGGCCGUGCUGGGGAGGCGGCAGCCUUCUGCCGCAGCCAGCCACGAGGCACCACCUGGCAGGAUGUCACUGCCUGCCGUCCCUCGGAAGUGAAAAUGGAAAGAACAGCACAAGGGCAACCACAGCUCCGGCCCCCCCUCCGGCGCCUCCCUGCCCCGGGCUCCGACCUCGCCAAGAUUUAUCGCGCGUCCCCUCCCGAAACGCCGGGCGGCCGGACUGCGCAGGCUCCGCCCCCGGCGCAGCCAGACCCCCGCAGCGGGCAGAAGGAGGAGCCUCCGAGGGGAAGCCCGCCCGCCGGGGAGCUGUCCGGCGCCGGGCUCCACGUGAUGGACGGUUAUGGACCGUCUGCACUUUCCGAGCGGGCAGAUUUACGAGCGGCAGGGACAGCUCCGAGAGGGGCCAUCACUGUGACUCACGGCCCUCUUCAGAGACACUCGCACCAGGCAGCUGCCCUCCUGCUGCCCGGGGCCCCGGGCGCGCCUUCUGCAGCGGGUGCUGGGCAGGUAGGGCCUGCCGCUGCGCCCCUCCCUCCUCGACCCCGGCCCCGGGAUCCAGCCCAGGCCGCUGACACCAGGAUCCUGCGGAUGACGCGGCGAGCACACCCGGUGCUCCCGGGAGGCGGCCCGGACGGCCACGCAGAGGGAGCCUGUCCCCCUGCCAGAGGCGGCCGGCCCCCUCCCCCAGGGACCUGGCAGGGACGGACUCGGGACGUUUGUCCAGUGGUCUCCGGUGGCCCCCGACGUGGCCCUGGGGUGAAGAAGCAAACGGAGCCCCCCAGCUCUGACCCCCGGGCCCCCGGCACCGCUGCUGCCUACUCCAGCCACAGCCCCCGCAGCAGGCACUGCACCAACCUGUCGGACCCAACCCGCCUCACCCUGGGCGGGGGCACCCGGGCUGAGCUGGGACGCAAGGGCUGGGCAGGCGGCCAGAAAUACACCGGGACCCGCGCCACGGUGGCCAGACCGGACGGCGGGCGGCACACUCUGGACCAUGACCCCGGCGGGGGACACGGUGCAGGCAACGACAUCGGGGCCCAGGGGCCGUGGCGCUCCCGGCGGGAGCUUCGGAAGCCGUGCGCCCGGCGCCUCCCUCCUCCGCCACGAGCCCGAGUCCUGGAGUUUGGGGAUGGAGACACAGACCCUCCCCAGACAUGCACGACGCCGUGCGGGGGGGACACACACCCGGGCCUGUCCCGCAGCUGUGGUGCAGGCUCCCUCCUCCUUACGGAGCGGACCCACGCGUGCGACGGGCUCGGGCCACGGGCCGGCGUGACGGUGCGUCAUUACGCCCCUGAGCGCCAGGGCCCGGACGCCUGUUUAAGGGCCCUUUUCACCGCUGUCCCCCGACCGGACCUGCCCCCCGGCUGGUUCCGGGAUGACGGCGAUUCACAGGGCAGACGGUUCCCAGGAGCCCACACUCCCCACGUGGAAGUGCAAACGAAGAUAAAAAACUUAGGGACCAGCCUCCCCGUGGUGGCUCGCCUGCGCCGCCAGGUGGCCAAGCCUGGGUACUACCGCUCAAAACAGUAUGGGGACCCCCAGGCCCUGUGCACCCCAAGGCUCAGGCUCCCCCGGGCCCAGUCCCGCCAGCGCACCCAGGAAAGCAAGCUGCCCCCUCCCGGGCCUGCCGCCGCCCCCAGGGAACAGGAAGCGGGCGAAGACCCCGGGGACGGCUCGGCCCGGACCCGAGAGCCGCUGUACCGGACGGAAGGCGUCCGUCCGGAACCCUGUGUGGCACCCAAGGCCGCACCUGGGCGGCGGGCGGCGAGUGCGAGGACUCUGGGUCUCCGGCCGGGGAAGCACUCACACCGGCCCGGCCAGAUGGCGCCACCCCCUGGGGCCUGGCCUGCGGCCGCGCGCACCGGCUUCCGCGGGCCCCGCAGCUGCCGCGCCAUCUGUGGCUCAGCCCGCAGCUCUGCGCCCGCUGGCCUCCGGGGCGCUGGAGGUGGGGACGCUGGGGCCUGCCCGGCUGCCCCGAGCACGGAGGCGACUUUGCUGUGGUGGGCUCCGAGGGGCCCCCUGCAGCUGCGCUGA